CAGUCGGUGUGACCUGCGUGACCCGCGUAUAGUGCCACCGUCUGACCCUCUUCCCCCCUUCCCCCGACCUGCUGCUGCAAGGGGAGCGGGGUGGGGGGGGUGUGGCUGACGGGCGGCGGCGCGGCAGUCCUUGCUGGGGCGCCGGGGGAGGAGGACGCACUUCUCCGUCGGUCGCGGGAGUAUCACGCUCGCCGCCCCAGUGUUGCCUCUAGUCAAAACUCAGGUGUCGGGACCAGCUGCAGGUGGCAACCACGCCUCCUGCCCUGCUCCCAGAGCCCGCUUUUCCCCCUUAGCCCGCACUGAGGGUAAGGGACAGCCCGUUUGGCCAGCCAGCCAGCCAGCCGGACCUCAAGGUCGGCUGAUAGACUGUACGAGACUGGCGGCAGAGCAUGAGUGGGAGUGUAGCGGUGGAGAGGAGUGUGCGGGAGGAGGCGCUACGCUUGUGGAGGAACACGUAAAGUGACUGCCAUGCUCGCAAGGACCGUGAUGAGUUGAGUGCCCAGUGUAGGGAGUCGGUGUUGUGUAGGUGUAGCCGAACGCACCGACCCGGGCCCAUGGUGAAGAUGGGCCUCAAGCAGCCCGACCGCACGGAGAAGUGGUCUCAUCCGCCUAAGAAGAAAUGGAUCUACAACUACCUCGCGGACGAUGAGGGAGGAGAGGAAGGAGGGGAAGACGAAGGGGUGAAACGGGAGGCUGUGGUGCAGCGGACGGCUGACAACCUUCCAAGGGCCACCCCAACCACCAUCCCCCAUCACCACCCACACAACAACCAUCACCACCACCACCACCACCAUCAUCAUCACCACCACCAUAACAGUAAUCACCGGGGCGUGGGGCCCAAUUCCCCGCCACCUGCGCCCCGCACUGCCCCUACCAGCCCCGCCCACGCUCGCGACGAGCCACCUCAACAACGACGGGUACCAACGCUGUCCACGCCCACGCUAGGCGUAAGGGGCACUCCCAGUGGACAGCCGCAGGGUGGGGGACAGCACCACACCUCACCGCGUACUUCGCUGUCUUAUCCCGGGUCGCCGGCAGCAUCCCCGUCCCCGCUGGGACUGCUCAGCGUCUUCCGGCAGGAGUCCUCGUCGCCGCCCUCCAGCUCCAGUAGCACAGGCGAUCCCUCCAGCCUGCCCCCUCGCUUGGGGACCGACGCUACUCAUCACCAGCAGCAGCACCAGCCCGGGCCACACCUUCACAAUGGCCUGGCCAAGUCGCUUACUCUCUCCCCCGCCCAUCACAACACCUUCUCUCACCAUGGGCUUUACUCUCCCGAUGACCCAUCCUUUAAGGAUGAUAAGAAGCGUUCAGGAAGUACUCCAUCGCGGGAGGUGCACAAUAAACUGGAGAAGAACCGCCGUGCGCACCUGAAGGAAUGCUUUGAAACCUUAAGGCGGCAGCUGCCCUCCAUGGAUGACAAGAAGAUAUCCAACCAGACCAUCCUCAAGGCCGCCCACAAACACAUCCAAAGCUUGAAGAGGAAGGAGCGAGAGUAUGAACAUGAAAUGGAGCGUCUGGCUCGGGAGAAGAUUGCCCACCAGCAGAAGCUUUCAGCACUCAAAAAGGAACUGUCAGCCCGUUGGGACCACAUUGACUUUAAUGCUCUGCUACCAGACAUGGCCUCCCUUGAUCAGCACCGUGACAAGGAAACCAAGUCUACUACCACUGCCUCAGAGCAGCCUGAUCUGGAGGAUGAUGCCCGGGAUGCUGGUACUCAAGUAUCUCCUGCCUCACCUCGUCUACAUCCAGAACCUCCGGCCCGCCCACCACCACCUGUACCAAGCACCACCCUGGCCGACAGUGGCCCUGGGAUGGCAGCCCCCAGGGACCAGCAUUUUACAGAUCCCAAUCAGCCACUCAACCUAUCCACUAGCAUGGUGGAACCCUCCAGAGCACCUCAGUUGGUAUCUCAGCCAGGCCGAUCCCCCCACCAUGUCACAGAUUGGGGCACACAGCAACCCUAUCAACAACCCACUUUCACCACUGCCACAGGCACAGCAGGGGAAGAGGCAUGGCAAGCAGUUGAGGUAAGCUCAGGACCAACCAGUGCCACCAGGGAUACUGUUACUACUGUAGCAGGUGACCACCUGUCAAUCAUGGGUGGUACGGCUGGCAUCCACCUGCCAGCACAUUUGGUGGCUGGUGGUGUGCAGCUCAAUGGUGCCCCAGGGGGUCUCUUGGGCCAGCCAGCAAUACAAGUGAUCACUCCUGAAGGGUACAAGCUGCUGCCUGCUGAUCAUGCUCCUAAUGGCGCCAAGCCCCUCACAAUUACCCUUGCCCAUCCAGCCACCACUGAAGGGCUGGAUCGUGGAGACAACCCUGAAGAAGCCAAGACUGGAGCUGCUACUGCUGCUCCCAUGAUGGUUGCCUUCAAGAAUGGUGUGCAGGCUCUCCACCUGGCCAUGCCUACCACCCCACGAACCCUCCCUCAUACACAAGGUACUAAUGGCACCAUAACUACAGUGCCACUCAACCUAAGUGUGGGGGGAGCGGCAGCAGCCGUCAAGGUGACACAAGCUGCUACGUCCUCCCUCCUGCCCUCCUACCUCCCAAUAACUCACGCCAAUGGUGGGUUGCACUCAGCAGGCAUAGCAUUCUCUUCGAGCUGCAUCUUGCUAGCUAGUCAAAGCUGUUGCACUUGAGUCAGGCCUCCUGUUGUAAACAAUAAUGGCAUCACCCAGCUGGUGUCAGGUCUAGGCAACAGCAUGGGAACGCUGGUUUCUGGCAUUGGGCCUCCCAUUGUAACACCACUGGUGGUGUCUCAGCCCCAGCGGGUGGGAGUGCCAGGCACCGUCACCACCGUUGGAAGCAAGGGCCUGAAGGCAGCAUCUGUUAGUGGGAAUGCCACCAGUGUCCCACUUGUCUCCACCCAGUACACCACUUCACUGGGGAGUGGGCUUGGGGGCUUGGUCAAGCCUGUGGUGGUGGUAUCAGCCCCAACAGGCAUCGUGACAGGGGCCCACGCGGUGGCCUCAGGCAAGCCUUGAUGGGCAUUGCCUGAAGACAAUCCCAGGAGAGUACAAGCCAUACCUCAGCUGUGGGCUGCACCUGAGCCUCUCGUGGCUCCUCAUUAUUGCCCACUCUCACCACCACUCAUAUUCUUCAUCAUCAUACUUGUUAUCAUGAGAAAGCUAGUACAUAUUUUCAUGUUUAUUUUUAUGUGAGAUCAACCUCUGCCUUCGUGGUAAGAGCGUCUCUAUGUACAUUUCAUUGCCGGUGACGUUGGAGAUAUAAGGAUACGUAGUUAUUCUUAAUUUUUAAAGAAUUUUAUUAGGUAAAUUAUUUUAUAAGGUGGCCAGCAUGGACUCUAGGCUGCUUCAGGAAUUGUGUUGUAGUGAAGGUGGUGGCAGCUGACACAUGGCUGCCGCCACCAGACUGUGAUAGUGGUUCACUGGCGUCCUCGUUGUGGCAGGGCCGCCCGGGGGACUCUAUGAUGCUGGUGGAUGCACACUGCUCAACAUGGUGCCGGCCGCUGUGCUCACCUGUGUACAUAGCAUCAUCCACCUGAUUGUUGGUGUUAUUGUUAUCUGAACUUGUUGUAAAUGUAUUAUCUGGAGUAUGUAUUUGUGAACGUAUGCAUUUUUUCUUUGAUCAAAUGAUCCUUUUAAAGGUGACUAAGUGUUAUACUGUGGCUCCCAUUGAAACUCUUCAUACCAAGUAUGCAAGACUCAACUAUCGCUGACAGUGAUAAGUCUCCGCUCAGGGUGACGCAGCCCCAAGCUGCCUGCCCCACCAAAUGCUCCAAAUGUACAAAUUUCAUUAAUAGUUGCUUAUUGGCUGCAGUACAUUAUACAGUAUUGGCCAAAGGUCUGAGCUCUUCCCAACUGUUUCACUCUUCAACUUGGCUCAAGGUGUUUUUACCAGAGUAAGGCUACAGAAAUACCAAUUAUGUAUUAUAUAUGUGGCAGCUGAAUAGCACUAGGCCAACUAUGAAAACUGUAGCAGAUUAACUCAGUUGUCAAAGAGAGAGAAUCAAAUGCAAGACUUAAAAUUCUUUUCUCUAAACCACUGCAUAAUUAGGGUUUCUAAGAUGGUAGAAUUUAAUUGAAAUGUGCAGUGCAUUCCAAGUUUUUAGGGUAAUCAAUUGUAUGAUUGUGACUGCCAUCCUCACUGCUUUUAUCAUCAGACUGAUUACAUUGGAGGUUGCAAGUCCCAAGCAUCAGUUAGAUAAUAAGGUGAGUGGUCUGUGAGGACAGGAGCCAUGAUCAGAUAAUUGGUUGCCUGGUUUGUUGGAUCUUAAAUAUACAUGGAAGUUACUCAAUAUGAAAAGGAAGUAAAGAUACAGGUGCUCAUCACAAAUAAUGUAGUGGUGCCCAGUGACUAUCCUGAAUAUGAAGAUGUAGAUUUAAAAGCCAUACCUGCUGUUUCAUCUCAUUAUUUUCUACCAUCUGAGAUACUCCACUUUGAAUUUCUAGUCUACUUAAUAAAUAAAUAAUAAUACACAAUAAUAAUAAAAUUAAUAAUUUGGCAAGCCCUCACUUAAAAACAGGCUGGCAAACUGAGUUGAUCUGCCAAGACCAUUCAACUGCUACAUAGAUGUCAUCUUGUCUCUAGCUUUGCUUUUCACACAUCCUUCAGCCAAGGGUAGGGCAAAUAAAUGGAAAGGCCUCAAGCUUUUCUGUCGAUGGUAUAAUAUGAGUUUAAGCAUGUCACUCUGGGCGGCAGUUCUAUGCCAGAUCUCAGGGUUGACAGGAGUCCAUGGGGACCCUGAUCACCUCAGUGCAAACAAGCCAUACCCAAACCCCUUUAAUUGAUAGUAAAAUGUUUCAAAUGUC